AUGGAGGAGCUGAAAGACAGAGGAAAGAAAAGAGAAGGAAGACACAGGGAUACGUGGGAUCCAUUCCAGCUGAACCCCGCAGGAGCUGAGAAAGAACAGAAGAAAAGAUGUUUUCAGCUUGCCCAGUAUCUGGUGGCUGUUUUUGUGGGGAUAGCAGUCUUGACCACUGCUAUUCUUGCUAAGGGCUCCCUGCUGGUGUUGUCAACAAUGACCAGUCCAAUGUCCCUGCGCAGUCCGAAGGAAAAACAGUUCUACAUGCUGAUGUUGGUGUUCUGCCUGGUCUUCCCCAACUUCCUGGUCUUUUUGAAAUCACUGUGGCGAUGUGCCUUCAAGAGCUUUGUACCACCCAAAAUGAAGACCAUGGCAUUUAUUUGCUUCAUUGAGUGCCUGGUGUCUCUUGGUACUUCAAUCCUUGUGCUGGUCGUUAUGCCUCAGUUUGACGUCCUGACUAAUCUCUUCAUCAGUGGAGGAGUUUGCAUUGUGUCUGCAAUUAUGCAGAUAGUCUUCAGACUACAGCAAGAUACCUGGAAAAUUGUGUUCCCAAUCUGUUCCCUCAUUCUCACCGGGAUUGGUUACUGCCUCCUGGGAAUUGACUAUUACGUCCGUGUAACAUCAUUUGUGGACAGACAAGGCUCUGACUGCUAUAUCUACGUGGGACUUGGAAUUUUCUCUUCCCUACUUGUCUCUUUGUGCUGGUGGGAAAAUUCAAUACAAGCAACCAACCGCAUGCAGGACACAUUGUCAGAACUGGAUGGUUUCAGAGACUUUGUGUUUGUCAUCAGCAGCAUUCUGAGGAUAUUGGUGAUAGGGGCUGUAUACCUGAUCUACCACGUGCUUAUUGCAAAGAACAUCAUCUGGUCAGAUUUCAACCUGCACAAUGACGAACUCCUGACAAUAGGACUGGGGGUGUUUUUCUUACAGGCCUUCUGUGCAGCAGCCUGUCACUGGUUUGGGGUGGUAGCCUGCAAGAUUCAUGCUGUCAGGAUGAGUUUUGCCCUACCUCUGUGUUGCACAGGACCUGCAAUGCUGCUGCUAGGAAUUUUACUUUUUAUAACACAGGCAGAACAACUGGAAGGCGCAGCGAAAGGAGACAUUUUAGAGUUUUGCGACAGCUUGGUCUUUCUAAGCCACAAGAACACAACAUCCGUGGUCUUACUCGAGCUUACCAGGAGCAUGUGUCGAACUUCACUGAACAGCCACUACUAUCAAUGGCCUUUUUCCAUGCUGGCACUGGAGGGAGUGUGCAUGUGGUCAGGCUUUGUCACAGCUACCUACUACGUAUGGAAGAUCAAGGUCCAGCGUAUAGAAAGAACGUCUCAACUCUUUGUUCGUCGACUGUACGAAUCUGCUUUCAUUGACCUGUCUCUUCUACUCAACACCAAGAUGAAAGUACCAAAAGCCAAAACCCAAGAAAGCAAUGAUGAAAUGCAGAAGUGUGUGAUCUAUCUUUGCGCCACCAUGUGGCAUGAGACCUACGACGAGAUGCUGAAGAUUCUCACCUCCAUGUUCAGGUUGGACCGUUACCGAGGGGACCCAAAGGAGGAACAUAAGGACUGUUUCGAAUUUGAGUGCCACAUUUACGUAGACGACGCCUUCAUGACUGAGGAGGGCACAGGGAAGAGGCUGGUGAAUUCUUACGUUAAUGACUUGACCCGAGUUGUCAUUGAGGUUUACAGGGUGUUUACCAACAAAGAACCUGAUGAUGUGUCGAUCAUUGAGACCCCCUACGGUGGCAGGCUGAUGUUUGUUCUGCCGGAAGGCAACAUGCUCUAUGUUCACCUAAAAGACAAAGCACUCAUCAGGAACAAAAAAAGAUGGUCUCAGAUAAUGUACAUGUAUUAUCUGCUUGGCUGGAAGGGCUACAUUGUCAAGAACCCUCAAAAGAUCCCGCAAUUAAAUAACUUUUCCAGAGCAAGUUUGGUCUCUCUUGAUAGUGAGACUUUCGUGCUGCCUCAGUAUGACAAUGACAACAAACGCAAAUUCAUCUCAGAUGACAACACAUAUAUUCUGGCUCUUGACGGAGACACCGACUUCCAUCCUAAAGCUGUGAUUCUGCUUGUAGACAGGUUGAGGAUGUAUUACAAUGUAGGUGCCGCAUGUGGUAGAAUCCAUCCUACUGGUAUGGGUCCCAUGGUGUGGUACCAGAAGUUUGAGUAUGCAGUAGGUCACUGGCUCCAGAAGACAGCAGAGCACGUGUUUGGUUCUGUGCUGUGCAGUCCAGGAUGCUUCAGUCUGUUCAGAGGCUCUGCCUUGAUGGAUGACCAUGUUUUAAAGAGAUACUCAACAACUGCACAAAGAGCUCAAGAAUAUGUGCAGUAUGAUCAAGGGGAGGAUCGAUGGCUGUGUACUUUGCUACUGCAGCAAGGCUGGCGUGUCGAAUACAAUGCUGCAUCAGAUGCAUACACCAACUCACCACAGGAAUUUAAAGAGUUUUACAACCAGAGGAGACGAUGGGGACCUUCAACAUUGGCUAAUACACUGGACCUUCUCCACAGCGGUUCAGAGACAGUGAAGAGAAACCAGUCCAUCUCCUGGCUUUACGUCCUCUACCAGAUGUUUACUGUUGGAUCUUCUAUCCUGGGACCUGCUUCUGUGACUCUCAUGAUAGCAAGUGCCCUCCAGUUCGUCUUCAAACUCUCGGGUACAAACUCCAUCAUCAUCGCGUGCGCUCCCCCCGUGUUCUACAUCCUUGUCUGUUUCUUAACCAAGGCUAAUACCCAAAUAACCAUUGCUGCCAUUAUGAGUAUUCUGUAUGCAUUCCUUAUGACAGCAUCCUUCUUUUCCAUCAUUGGUGACAUGGUGAUUCAGGAAACCUUCUUGACCCCCACUGGACUGUUUUUAAUUUCAAUGGCAAUCAUGUACUUGAUAACAGCUCUCCUCCACCCUGAGGAGUUUUUAUUGAUUGGCUAUGGUCUGAUGUAUUUCAUCUGCAUCCCCAGUGGAUAUCUCCUAUUGAUCAUCUACUCACUGGUUAACAUGGACAACGUCUCCUGGGGCACAAGAGAAUCCAACAAGGGAGGAGGAGCAGAGAAGAAAAAACACAAUCUUCUGUGUGACAAAACCUGUAAACUCUGCUGCUGGGACAUGAAGAUACAGAUAACCCAGGAAACAGAGAAUCUGAUAAUUCAGCAGAUCACAGGUCAGGCUGCACAGCAAAUCCAAGCCAACACAACCCCCAAAGAUGAAAUACCUCCACACCCAGCCUUAAUGUUGGAGCCUCAAACCAGACUCGACACCACAAAGGAAGAAGCUAAGGAAGAGGCUGCUAAACAUCUAGCUGAGGAACAGAAGAAGAAAGCAGCAAAGAGCAGUGACCUGGGUUCCAGUAAAAGUGACGACAGUAUCGACGAAAACAGCAUAAUGAGUUCAUCUGAUGAAGAAGACAACGAUGAUGAUGACAACUAUAUGAUUUGUGAGCCAGUAGAAGAGCUUCCUGCUGCUGACUGGGUGCACCCGGUGAAAGAAGAAUUUCUGAAGAAGCUGACUUAUGCCAACAUGAAGAGAAAUCUGCAAGAACAAAUACGAUAUGUGCUCCGUAACAAAGAUUAUGAUGAUGUGUGUGAAGACUUGGUCCUAAUGUUAACAGACACACUCAAUGUAGAGCUCAGUACAGUGGGACCUGAAGAUGUUCUGUCAGACAUUCAGCUGGAGGAGUUACAACAUGCACUGAACAGACAGGCUCGGCAAACCCUUAAGACCAAUCGAAUGGAGAAGUUAGAAAAGAGAGUGAAGAGAGCCAUUGAGAAAACACUCACUGCCCCACAAGUGCAAAGACUAGAUGAGAAUGAGAAAGACUUCUGGGACAAGCUAAUCGACCGCUACCUGACACCGAUCAUGGAAACUAAAGAACAUAAGGAGAUGGUCUCCAAAGAACUAAAGUCACUGCGAAACAAGGCGGUCUUCCUCUAUUUCAUCAUCAACGUGCUUUGGGUGGUAGCUACCUUCUUCUUGCAGGCCAUUGGAAAUGAUGUCAUCAGCAUCAAGAUCCCAAAGUUAUAUCCAAAUGGAACUGAAAGUGGAGAAUACCUCAAGGUGGAGCCUCUCACUUUGAUGUUUCUGCUGUCUUUUGCUAUUCUUCUCAUUGUCCAGUUUCUUGCCAUGUUAUAUCACAGAGUCUACACCCUCAUCCACGUGGUCUCCUAUCGCAGCUCAGAGAAAAACUACAAAGAGAAAGAUGAUGAUGACAUUGAUGAUGAUGAUGUCUACACUCUGGAGAACCCCACAGCUAAUGGACUUUUUAUGACAACUGAAGACUUGUAG